AUGAAAAGGUUAUCAAACCGUUUCAGUGAUUUCCUUCUUUCUAUGAUGUCUGUCUUGAAGUCUUACGAAGUUACCAAUUUAAAACAACCAUCUUCAAAACCUAUUGUUGAUAAAUCGGUCCCUAGUUCCUCCAAUCAUUCUACCAGACCUAAACGUAGGAAUAAUGCCAUUUUGUUGAUGUAUUCAGGUUGGGGUUAUUAUGGUAUGCAAAGAUGCCCUGUUUUUCCAACUAUUGAAGGAGAAUUGUCUAAAGCUCUCUUCACUUGUGGUCAACUCGAUAAUCUAACAGGUGAAGAACAUAAAAGAGUUCAUUUUCAACGUGCAUCUAAAACUGACAAAUCCGUUUCCGCUCUUGGACAAGUUUGUUCCAUGCACUUACAAGAAGACACAGACUUAUUAAAUAAAUUAAACAAAGCCCUACCUGAAAAUAUCCGUGUUCUUGAUAUUAUUCGCGUAACUCGUGGAUUUUCUUCAUACGGUUCGUGUACACAUCGAAUUUAUGAUUAUUUAUUACCCACAUUCGCCUUAUCACCUGCUACUUCAUUAUUAAACGAUUCCACUUGUUGGACUUAUCGUCUAACAGUUGAACAAAUUACGCAUGUUAAUCGUUUACUUGAAAAGUAUAUGGGUACUCAUAAUUUUUAUAAUUUCACUUCAGGAAGACUUGCAACGGAUAGUAGUUGUAAUCGAUAUAUUAUAUCGGCCAAAUGUAUGCCAACAUUUUUACUUGGUGAGCAUCAAUAUACUAUUAUACGUAUUACUGGUCAGUCGUUUAUGUUGCAUCAAAUACGUAAAAUGAUUGGUUUAGCAUUAGCUGUUCUACGUGGUUAUGCAACAGAAGCAGUAUUUGAUAUUGUGUUCAGUAAAGAAAGAGUAGAUAUACCGAAAGCUCCAGGACUAGGUCUUAUGCUUAACCGAGUGGACUUUAGUCAGUAUAAUACAAAAUAUCAAAAUGAUGGUAUCCACCAACCAAUUGAUUGGAGUAAAUAUGAAGAGCAAAGAAACGAAUUCAAGAUGCAAUGUGUAUAUAAACAUAUUGAUCGAAUUGAGUCAGAGGAAAAGUCUACAUUCAAAUGGCUUUCUACAUUGGAUAAUCAUACGUAUAGUUUCAGAAAUUCUCCAUCUCCUCUGAUUAUUGUUGAUAAUGUUUUGAAAACCGAUGAUAGUCAAAUAACCAAUCAAGAUUAUGUUACCACUCGCACACAUUUCAACACUAAAAAUCUAAAUAAGAAUGAUGACCCAGAGUGUGAUAUACCUGUUAAAAAAGAAAGGUUGGUAUUGUGA